AUGGCAAAGAAAAGUUGUGCGAGGAACGCAUGGGGGGUGAUGCAGAGUGUUAUGGUGGCUUCGAUUCUCUACGGCUUCAUCUAUUUGGCGGUUCUAUUAUUUCAGAGGGGCUCGAUUCCAAAGUCACCCACCGACCUCUACAAAAACCCGGCAGCGAGCGUUCGCCCAGGCUUCUCCUCCUCUGAUGGUAUUGGCACCGGCGGACGAGUACCUUCCCCGAAAUUGAAGGUCGAGAAGAUCAAGCCUAGUGCGAAUUGGUUCAACAGGCCUGAGAGCUUGGUGGUUCCCAAGGAUGAUUUCUUAGGCAAGCGACCUGGCAUCGACACGAUCGCAAACCUCACGAAGCUGGUGGAAGAAUGCAGAGGGUCCUACGAAAAGAUUGAGAAGAUGCCCUAUGUUCAGGAUUGUCUCAACUACUUGAACAAUGGCGAAAAGGAAUACUAUUACACACCUUCCCGCGGGGAACGAGCGAGCGAACAGCCACCGAAACUAGCAGAAUACCUUAAUGCGGACGGUGCCGACAAUACCCUUGACAAAUAUCCCUCCUACAAGGCAGCAUCCAAAGACUCGCUGGGCAGAUGCAACGGUCCAAUUGUGCCUUACCACACCUACUGGACAGGGCCUGCGACUUGGAGAGUAGAACUAUUCAUCAAGAGCUAUUUCCACACCCAGAAUAUCCCGUGUUCCCGACUAUGGAUAUGGUUAGACGGGGAUCGCGACAAGGAUGCGUUGGAGAAGAUGAUGAACCAAGACCCCUUAUUUAAAAAGUUUCUUCCAUUCGUCGAGCGAGGAGAUAUUGUUCUCAAAACAUGGCACUUUCCUUCACGAGUACCCCUUCCCAAAGGUGACAACACCGAUGGGGUUGGAUACUAUAAGAACCCUGGGAAACCAAAUUCCAAGAAUGAGACGGUAGUUGCCGAUGGUUUGAUCCGAGACGGAAAUGGACAAGAGUGGUUGAUCGUUACCGAGAAGAAAAUGACCUUUUUACCUGUCGCAGUAUCAGACGCUGUACGAUUCGUUAUCCUACACAUUUAUGGAGGCGCAUAUUUCGAUAUGGACGUUAUCAUGCUCCGAGACAUGCGACCUCUGCUUAUCGGCGAUCAACAUUCUUUCGCUGAGCGAUGGGGCGGUCACCCCUCACCGGGAGAUUACAAUACGGCCAUCAUGUCGUUAACAGCCAAUUCAACACUCUCGUCUUACCUACUUCGCGGAGGUGUACGUAUGGGGUUGAACUUCCAUCCAAGGGUAAUUGGCGUGAUGGCCGUGAAGGACCACAGAAACAAAGAAUUUCACAUGCUGGAGACUGCAGCGUUCGAUCCAAUCUGGACAGAAUUCAAUUCCGACAGACUUGGAGAGUGCUCUAUUCCAUGCUUCCACGAUUACGGGCAGAUAUUCAAGGGCAAGAACGCUUUUCCAUUGAAGGACGAGUGGGAAGCAUAUCAAGGAGCACCUUUGAAACUUGCGUCUUCCUCAAGUCGAGCCCAUUUCUGGGAAAUGAAGAGAGAUGUAGCAGAUACCAAGGAAAAGUCUGAGGAAGUCCGCGCAAGUCAAAUGACUACGACCGCGGUUACAACAUACGAUAAAAACGCUCUGAGCAAGACCGAGUACAAAAUCGAGGACGACCAAUAUCCACCUACCAACCGAACAAUGGAGAACUUCUUCCGUGGAGCGUGGACAUAUCACAUUCAUAACCAGUGGCGCAAGAACCCAGAGCCUUCAUCUUGGCUGAACGUGAUCCAACGCGCUCAAGACGGAUUUUUCUCGCACGAUCGCCUGAACCCAUAUGGCGAGAAAUGGCAAGGUCCAAGUAUACCAGAGUACGAAAUUAGCUGGGAAUAUCCAUGA